GAUUGAAUUAGUUUGGUAAUGCAGUCUCAAGAAACUACAGCCAUGGCGACUCCGAUUCCUCUCGAUACAUUCAACUUGGGAUUCAUUGGAGCUGGGAAAAUGGCGGAGAGUAUCGCUAAAGGAAUGGUGAAGUCUGGCAUCUUGCCUGCUUCCAGAAUUCGAACUGCUGUUCAUAAGGAUGCUAGUCGCAGGGAGGCCUUUUCUUCGCUCGGGGUCAAAGUCUACGAUACCAAUCAGGAGGUAGUUGAAGAAAGCAAUGUGAUUGUUUUCUCUGUGAAACCUCAAGUUGUUAAGGAUGUGGUUUUACAGUUGAAGCCGGCGCUUUCAAAGAAGAAACUUUUGGUUUCAGUUGCUGCAGGAACCACCCUGAGCGAUUUGCAGGAAUGGGCUGGUUGUAGUCGAUUUAUUAGGGUGAUGCCAAAUACUCCUGCUGCUGUUGGUGAGGCAGCAUCAGUUAUGAGCUUAGGGGAAACUGCAACAAAAGAAGAUGGAGAACUAGUUGCUACUAUGUUUGGAGCAAUUGGCAAGAUAUGGACAGCCAAUGAGAAAUUGUUUGAUGCAAUCACUGGCUUGAGUGGUAGUGGCCCAGCAUACAUAUUUCUAGCAAUAGAUGCUAUGGCUGAUGGAGGAGUAGCUGCUGGUCUACCACGUGAUCUGGCACGGGGUUUGGCUUCUCAGACUGUUCUGGGAGCAGCAUCUAUGGCCAUCCACACAGGUAAGCAUCCAGGUCAGCUAAAAGAUGAUGUCGCAUCACCUGGGGGGACCACAAUUGCUGGAAUUCACGAGUUGGAGAAGGGUGGCUUUCGUGGGAUCUUGAUGAAUGCCAUUGUAGCUGCUGCAAAACGUGGCCGAGAACUUUCUCAGAACUAAUGAUAUUCUUUUUUUAAGUGUAGAUCAUCCUUUUUUUACUGGUAUCAUAUGGACAGAGCUAUCGAUUAUUUGGAAUACAAAUCAUUUAAAGGUUAGUUUUGUCGUAUUGUUUGUGAAAAACAAAUUUAUAGGUAAUCAUCGGAUAAAAUGAUAGUCACCUGUCA